AUGACCCGUUCACAAGGCCCAAUCGGCAAACUCGCCCAAGGCGUCGUCACCGGGAUUGGCUUUGCUUCCGAAGUGCGAGGCUAUAAAAAAGCAAAGAAGGCAGCUAAGCUGGAGAAUGAGCUGCACGAAGAGCAACCAGAAAGUGCAUCCUCUACUCGGUCUCUGUCAUCAUCCUCGAAAUCUCACGAAGCAGAAAGGGACACCGACAUCGAUACAGAGGACCCGCCUGCCUAUGAAGAAAUCGAGCGCUCAUGGGAGCUAGACGAGGCACAGGACAUCGUGAUAGAGGCGAAAAAGCCUCGGAAAAGCAAAGACGGAGUCGCCAACCCAGAUAAAGUCAUUGCUGCAUUCCUGCAACGACACCCUUCCUGCAGCCCAUCAUCGUCAAUGACAGGUCCUGGGUCCAGCCUUGAAUACCCCGUUGCAGUCCCACAGCGCCGGCCAAAGGAUAAGAAGCGUGGGUUCAUCCGCGCCUAUGCACCGGACCUGCAAAACGUCGGCAUCGACCAGGAGACCUGGUUUGAUUUUAUCGAAACACUCAAUGAGGCGAGUCUUGCCAAUCCGUGGAUCAAUGCUCUCAAUCUGGCGUCGCUGGCGGCUUCACCGUUACCCUCUGCGAUUUCCAUGGCUGUUUCAACGGCCAUCAUGGUUGCCACUACUAUUACUAUUGAAACGCAGGGUCGAUAUCGACAAAAUAAAGCUCUUGAUAAACUCAACGACGAAUUCUUUCGUCCCCGUGGGCUGUUCUGCCUUGUCAUGACAUGGGACAGCACAUCGUUCGACUCUCGAACAAACGCCAAUGUCAACACUACCAUUCAAAACACAAUUGAUAGCCAAGGCAGGAUAUCGCACAAGUUCCAAUCUUCCAACGGGGUUACAAAUGGAAUGGAGUCUAUACAAACAGCCCAGCUCAUCUUUCCAGGCCUAGACCUUCUCGCCACAGUCUCAAAUGACGAAGAAAAAGGUCUCAAGAAAAAAAUACAGCGCGGCAAACUUUUCGUCGACGAUUAUAUGGAUCGAAGAGCACAGGCGAAAUUCUUCGCCGAGAAUCCAACCAGCCACCUCAACCAAGCCGGAAAACCGACGUUCCAAUCCAAAUACGCUGAUCCAACGUACCAACUCGGAGGUGGUUUGCAGAAUCGAGCCCAAUCCCGUGGCUAUGGCUAUGGCUACGGCUCGAGGCGCGAUAUGCGAAGAGAGAGAGGACUUGGUGGUGGACCUCUCGGACUCAUCGGCCUGGCUGUACAGACAAUUGCAGACCGAGGCCAACAAUCUACAAGCACCGCUCACGCUCCUUAUGGUUCCAGCUCUGAUUACGAGAGUGACAGGUACAGACGAUACCAGGAAUCGCCGUACCCUCAGCAAAGCGGGGUUAGAACUGAGAGGGGACUCAAGAACAAGCUUUUUAAAUCGAAGGUUCUCUAUUUGAUGGUUGUCAAUAUGCCUACGGCGGAGGAGAUGGCUGAGGCACGGCAUUUGACUGCUGGUUGGGAUGUUCAAACGGAGCAGCACCGGUUUUAG